CACUCAUUACUAUUAUUGUUGCUGAACACAGGGAUUUUCAAUCGGCGCCAGCGAAUCGGGCUGGGGGGUACACACCGUUCACUUUUCAGACUCUCCAGCCCACGAGAAGAACCCGCGGAGUUCGCGCGACUGUGUUCCAUGCCAUGCGGAUGAGCCCCUGCUGAGGGCCAUAAUAUCGUUGAAUUAUAUACCAACUGGAGGCUACACCAUUCUACUCCGUAUAGUCUACGGGGUCCACGGCAUCCACGGUGUCCGCGGUCGCCCAGCAAUAGAUGCAAUUUCCAGAUAAAUACCACGAGCUCUAUAUAUAUAUUGCAUUUGCCGAGCCUCUUGAAGUGUGAAACCAAUUCCUUUUUAUCUCUGACGCAGAUUUGAACUGAAGAGUCGGAUCUUGUGCGUAUAUUUCGCCGGGCUAGUCAAAGUAUGGCGGGACAAGAGGCUAGGAGUGAGGUCCGCCAGCGCAAAAAGGAAUCCAAUGCCAUCCACCCAGGAAACACAACAGCAAUAGCAUCAACGGAUGAUGAGGCCGAGUUUGAGUUCGGGGGUGUGUUUGGUGCGUGUGUUAUAAUGAUCGGAUCUCCAUUGAUCAUGUACUACAUGUAUAUCGGGGCGACGUUUUACGACGGCAAAUUUCCCACUCGAGAAGAGGGCCAAAGCUUCUCAGAGUUUCUCGUGCACCUAGUGGAUCUGGCAUACACUCAUGCUUUCCCGCAUCGAAAAGCCUGGAUAAUAUAUUGGACAAUGAUGGUGCUCGAAGGCGCUGGUUAUCUUCUGCUCCCCGGCGUAUAUGGCAAGGGAAAACGGCUGGCCCACUUGGGCGGCAAGCAGCUUGACUACUACUGCUCAGCUCUAUGCGCAUGGUACGUGACAAUUGCCGUGGCUGUGGGAUUGCAUGUAUCCGGUGUCUUUAAGUUAUAUACGCUCAUCGACGAAUUCGGACCCUUGAUGAGCGUGGCGAUCUGCUCUGGGCUUCUCUGCUCCUUUGUAGCGUAUUUCUCGGCCAUUGCGAGAGGUGUACAACAUCGCAUGACUGGGUCCGCUAUCUAUGACUUCUUUAUGGGCGCGGAGCUUAAUCCGCGUAUGUUUGGAUUGUUGGAUAUCAAGAUGUUCCUCGAAGUCCGUAUCCCGUGGUAUUUGCUCUUCCUUUUUACACUGGGAGCAGCUUUUAGACAGUUUGAACAGCUCGGUUAUGUUUCUGGAGAGGUCUGCUUCCUCCUCAUGGCGCAUUUCCUUUACGCCAAUGCAUGCGCAAAGGCAGAAGAACUCAUCAUCACCAGCUGGGACAUGUACUAUGAGAAACUUGGCUUCCUCCUUAUCUUCUGGAAUAUGGCCGGUGUACCAAUGACAUACUGCCACUGCACCCUAUACCUGGAUAGGAACCAUCCGUCGACUUAUCACUGGAGCCCUUGGGCGUUGGCAUUCCUUUACGUUUCGUAUAUCUUUGCUUAUUGGGUGUGGGAUACAAGUAAUAGUCAGAAGAAUAUGUUUCGGGCGCAGGAACAUGGUUUCAUGGUGGAUCGCAAAACAUUCCCACAACUCCCCUGGAAAGUUGCCAAAAACCCGGAAUGUAUCCGCACCGAAACAGGAGAUUCUAUUUUGUGUAGUGGAUGGUUCGGACUGGCGCGCAAGGUGCAUUACACAUGUGACUUUUAUUUUGCGGGUUGCUGGGGCUUAAUCACCGGGUUUAAAUCGCCUUUCCCUUGGUUCUAUCCAGUAUUUUUUACCGUGAUGAUAAUCCAUCGGGCUCGAAGGGAUAUCCAUCGCUGCCGGAUAAAAUAUGGUGCAGCUUGGGAAGAGUAUGAACGCAGAGUUCCAUAUCUUUUCAUUCCGUAUGUCAUCUGAAUGGCUUUUUGCCGUGUCCUGAAAAGAAUAUGGGUGAUGGUGUCCCGUGAUAUUCACUUAACUUUCCCAUAGAGAAGCCACGCACAGGAGAACCGAAAGCAAUUUCAGGAUUGCUUCUUGACCUCGGUUGCCUGGCUCAUUUCAUAUUCUGUAUUAAACGUUAAUUAAAGAAUUCUAUAUAAAGCUGCACACAUACCAUUGAUGACUUUGAAAGGUCCCAAAAAGAAAAUAGCAAAAUAUAUUAAUGCAUCGGACGUGAAGCUAUAU